AUGAAAUGGCCACCCGGAACAGCGACAAAUAUUGCCGUCACAAUGCCGCCCAGGACCAGUGAUUGCAGGUUCCUGGAUCCAGACCUCCCGGUCAAAGACUUUGCGAAUCACGUUCCUUCGCUCGUACUUGACGAUCCAGGGCUCGUCCUCGUAGCUGUUGUCGGACCCAAACGAGUCGAAGCUGCGCUUGCCGAGAUCCUCGCCAUCGUCUUGGACAAACAGCUCCCAAGGGCGGAUAUGGCGAUGGUGUAUGCCGUGGAGAACGACACACAUGCCCUUGUACGCGGCGACAAGUGUGCUGAUACCCAAGACCAGAGCGAUGGCAGACAAGGCGCGGUAGCCUCUGCCGAGCUUGCUGAGCGUGAGAAGAACUCCCAUGACCAAACCCCCGACAAUCAAGCCGACGCCAAGCGCGCGGGCAAAGAAGACGCGGGCAGGAUUGCCGUUGCAUAUGGACCAGCGCACGAAAUUUGGAUGAGCCUGUCGACGGAGCGAGGAGUCGACCGUUUUGAAGAGUCCUCUGAGAGCACUGGGGUGGGUGGUGUGGGCGAGCGCAUUGACUGCCGCCUUUUGCUCCCAGGCGGAAAGGUUGAGCUGUCGAGGCGCCCCUUCCCCAAUGUAAGUUGCAAUGAUCCUGUCGAUCUCUUCGCGGAAUGGUUGAAUCGUGACUGCAAGAGAAUGUCAGCGACAGAAGUCCUUCAGAGUCCAGACCAUAAGGGAGCCGCCAAGACGUACAUGGCUGUUUGGCCCCGGCAGCAUUGA